AUGGGUUCCGUCCUCCAAAAGAAGAAGCGCCGCUCCGGCCGCGCCAAAGUCAAGACACACAGGCCCAAGAAGCUCCUCAACCCUCUCGGCAACGACAUUAUCGCAAAGAACUGGAACAAGAAGGAAACCCUCACCCAAAACUACCGCCGCCUAGGCCUCACAGCCCGCCUCAAAUCAGCAACAGGCGGCACAGAAAAGACCCUCGCCCAACUCGAGCAAGCCUCCUCCUCCGCCUCCGCCAAGCGCGACACUUUCGCAAUCUCCACAACCGAAGAAGCAGUCUUUGAAGAAGCCCGCGUCGAGCGCGACGCCGACGGCAAAAUCAUCAAGAUCCACUACAACAGCGCCAAGCGCAGCAACCCGCUCAACGACCCCCUCAACGCCCUCGAAGAAUCCGACGACGACAACGAAAACGAAGGAGAAGAAUGGGGCGGCAUCGACGACGAGAGCAGACCCGAAGUCAUCCGCCUCCUCGAAAAGGAGGCCGCCAUGCCCGAGAUCAAGAAGCCCAGACAUAUUAGCAGCCAGGAGAAGGAGUGGCUCGAGAGGUUGAUUGCCAAGCACGGGGACGAUUACGAGGCCAUGGUGCGGGAUCGCAAGUUGAAUCCUAUGCAGCAGACGAGGGGUGACAUUGCGCGCCGGGUGAAGAGGUUUACGGGCAAGGCUUAA